AUGAAGGUGAUGCUUUCGUCCACGACGACAUGCUUGGAGAGGCGGUUGGGGUCCACCGAUUGUAAGGACGGGACGAGGGACGCGAGUGUCUGCAGUCGGGGGAAUGCGUCGACGACUCACCUGCAGCCGCUCCUUGAAAGCCUCGCGCCGGGAGCGCUCAAAGACGCGGUGGACGGCGCGGUCGUCGGCCGUCCAGUUCCUGAUGCGCUUCUUCUUCUUGCCGGCCUCGGCGGACGUCGCGGGACCAGCGACACCGCCGGCAGACUGGGUGGACAGCCGCCGGUCAGGCGGAGAGGGCUCGCCCGAGGACGACAUGAGCAAGUGCUGCAGCGGCCGAUGCGAUGGAGACGAGAUGAGAUUGGGAUUCGCACCCCUAGCGGUCGUAGUAGUCUGGCAACAGGCCAACGGUUCGACGACGACGUCUCAGGCAUUCAAUCAGGUAUCCGUGAGGCACGAACCAGCAGCCGCACCACCUCUGCCGUUUUUGUCGGGUGA